CGUCGCAUACACUCCUUGCUAAUCACCCAGAUUCCAGUCAGUGUAUAUCGUCCCCAUCUUGCUGACUUUUCACUUCCCUCUGUGCGCGCGCGCGGUUGGGUAUGCUUUGUCAAGUGUGUCAUUGUGGCCAGUCCAGGCUUCCUGCGCGAACAGUUCUUUGAAUACCUCUUCCAAAUGGCUACUAAGGAAGAAAAACGGGUCUUUUUGGACAACAAGGGCAAGUUCAUGCUGGUACACUCUUCGUCAGGUCACAAGCAUGCUCUGAAGGAGGUUCUCAGCGAUCCGCUGGUGCUCAGCAAGAUAUCCAACACGAAGGCCGCUGCUGAGAUAACUGCCCUUAACGACUUCUACCAGAUGCUCAAAAUGGACUCUUCGAGGCUGCCCUCCCCACCCCUCUUGGUGACUGUUUAUUUUCUUCUCCUGAUCGCUUUCACUGUCGUCAUGGUGAAUUCUGAUAAAUGCGGCUACUGA